UCUGCCAGCUGUUGUUGUGGUGGUGUACGUUAAACAUCUUGUUAGUUGUUGUUGGCGUGUAUAACUUGACGGCUAGAAAUUUGAUAGAAGUAAAUUUGAGUGUCCUAUUGAUCUUUAUCAACUGGUUUUUCACAGCGAUUAAUUAAAAGAGUAAUUAUUAUCGUUUAAAAUGAACGAGAGUACAUUUGAAAAAAGGCCGCAAGUGACUCAGUACGAAAACGUCUAGUCACUCAGUUAUCACGCAGUUACAUUUCUCUUGUAAAUAAAACGGAAAUUCAUCUAUUGAUGACACUAGACGAGACAUCUCGGGAAAUUUCGAUGUUGCCCGUAAAAUUAGAGUAAAUCCCUGAUUGGAAAAUGAAUCUCGAAGGUGUCAAUCCAUAUGGAAAUGGACUUUUAUUCGCCGCUUUCAACCAAGACCAAGGUUGCUUUGCCUGUGGUAUGGAUGAUGGAUUCCGGGUGUACAACUGUGACCCCCUAAAGGAGAAGGAAAGACAAGAUUUUAGUGAGGGAGGACUUGCCCAUGUCGAAAUGUUAUUUAGAUGUAACUACUUAGCCCUUGUUGGUGGUGGGAACAAUCCUAAAUAUAAAAGGAACAAAGUUAUGAUUUGGGAUGAUAUGAGAAAGCAGGAAGCAAUUUCUUUAGAAUUUUCUGCCCCAGUUAAAGGUGUCAGACUGAGAAGGGAUAGAAUAGUUGUAGUUUUAGAAGGGGUUAUCAAAGUGUUUACGUUUACACAAGCACCUCAGCAGCUGCAUGUUUUUGAAACAAACGCAAAUGAAAAAGGCCUGUGUGUGUUGUGCCCGAAUAGUACAAACUCUGUAUUGGCCUAUCCUGGGAGGAGGACUGGGGAGGUGCACCUUGUAGACUUGGCCGAUACCGAACGGAGACACCUAGAAGUUGCAGCCCACGAAACUGGCCUUGCUUGCAUAGCUUUGAACCUUCAAGGGACAAGGCUAGCAACCGCAUCUAAUAAAGGAACGCUUAUAAGGAUUUUUGAUACCUCGAGUGGAGAAAAAUUAAUGGAACUUCGUCGAGGAGCCCACACAGCAGAAAUUUAUUGUAUGAAUUUCAACCAAGAUUCGACCUGGUUGUGUAUAGCAAGCGAUCAUGGCACAGUGCACAUAUUUUCAGUUGAAGAUCAAAAAUUAAAUAAACAAUCUAGUUUAGCAUCAGCCACUUUCCUUCCGAAAUACUUCAGCUCAAGGUGGAGUUUUUGUAAAUUUCAAGUGCCUGACGGCCCCCGAUGUAUAUGUGCUUUUGGUGCUGAAAAUAAUUCCAUAAUAGUGAUAUGCGCUGAUGGAAGCUACUACAAAUUCAUGUACAACUCAAAGGGAGAAUGUUGGCGAGACGUUUAUGCUCAGUUUUUAGAAGGGCCAGAUGAUAUGUCCAAGACUUGAAAUAUGUAGGCUAAAUAAAAUAAUUAAAAGUCAGCCUGUGUAUCCAAAAAAAAUUUUUUUUUCAUUUAAAAAAUAAUUUAUUUUUGAUAUAGUUUUGUUAUAUUUCUUUCUCCUUUUUGACUUACAUUGUAACUACACUGCUCCACAAAAAAAGUGGCGCACUUGGAAACUUCAUUAUUUUUUCACAUACUUGCUCUUUUAGUAAUAUAACACCGAUAUUUUUUGUAAAUGGUAUUUAUUAAAAAAUUUGGUUCGUGUGGAAAUAAAAAUUCUCUCUUUUUUUUAA